AUGGAAAGUCCGCAUCGACCUUCAAGCGCGGAAAGCGUCAGUGCAAAAGAAGAGAAAGAAAAACCAUGGAAAUAUAUUGGUUACAAAGUCUUUUCAAGAUGGGUGGCAUCAGACCCAGCGUUGUUUGUCGUACGCCGAUUCGCGACUUUGAAUGCGCGCGUAGCCUUAUCACUCCAAGACGAAAUCGUACAGCUGGAGGAGAAAUUGGAUUAUAUGGACAAGACGUACAGUGACAGAAACACACUAGAUGCUCAUAACGGGACGUUUCGAGAUGAUCCCUUCUGUGGCGACGAUGAUAGACAAACCUUGAUCAAGGAUGUGCUCCCUGAAAAGCUCGCGAAAUACAACUCGUUCAUGAAUGGCUACUCGCAACUCGUCUCUGGUGGAUCCUGUAAGCCCGAUGAUAUCGCGAGGGUGCGUCGUUGGCUUAGGAUCAUUCGACCGACAGCGAUUGAUGAACGAGAGUCCGAAUAUAUCGACCACGACGAUGACCUGAUUUCCGUUCAUCCAAUGUCCCGAUCUCCCGGCCGUAAUUUUCUGGAGAAAGUGGCCUUUGGUGGUUUCCGAUGGUCUCCGUGGGGAGUACCCUUCCUGAAAAAUUGGUUCUCUAGAGAAGCUCCAAAAAACAUCGUGUCACUGAAGAACGAGGACACUGUGUGGCCGAAUAAUCAGAGAAUGGAGAGAGUCUCUUCGGUAAUGAUCUCUAUCGUUGGACUGGCUAUGUUAAUUGGACCUAUCUGGGCGUUGGCCUACAUAAGGCCGAUGGAGUAUAGGUUAGCAGUCAUAUCGGGUUUCAUAGUAGUCUUCUUCGUGGUACUUGCUAUCACAAGAUCCCGAGUAUACGAGGCUUUAGCAGCCACGGCGGCAUACUCAGCCGUACUGGUAGUCUUCUUGCAAGCAGGAGUGGGAACGUCGAUGUGA